AUGGGACAGUCCAAUUACACGCUGCCCGUGACUGUGCCGGUCAACAAUUACGGGGAACAAAUGCUCGGCUCUAGUCCGCAGAUGGCCCACGCCAGCAUCUCCCCGCGACCCUCGUCCUCUGAAACAGAUUCAGUUUACCCGCCUGGAGGGAUGCUGGAGAUGAGCAACGGGUACACCCCGGGUUCGCCGUUGGGGGGCUCACCGAGUCCUGGGCCAUCGCCUGCCCUAGGUGUGCCCGUCUCAAAAGGUAAUCCGUCGAGGCACUCGCCUCAGCCGCCACCGCCGCCUCAUCCCCAUCGGGGUAACCUGCGCGUCGUCAUACCAACGCCGAUUGCACAAUCCCUGGCCGACGAGGCCAACUACGACGUAACCAACUAA